AUGAUUACAAUCAUCACCAGCCACUCAGGGAAGGAGGGCGCGCGGUACGUUCCUUCCUUUUCGGGCAGGCGCGCCUUCUUCGCUUUUGGUCUCCGUGAUGCUUCGACUGCGCAUGCUGCCGCUCAGUCACUUCACCACUGGGAUUCGAAUACCCCUGGCUCUGACAAGCACAACACAUCAUUUGAAAACUCGUGCAUUCUUGAUGCUUCGCGUCGAACUCUCGCGGGUGAGGUUUCGUAUUACACUGGCGAUGAUGAGCCUACAAGCCCUGUCGCGGCAAGAGUUUUGGGGAACGAGAUCCCUGAUUCUCAAGAUGAGGGUAGUGAAUCUGCAGGCGCAAAAUAUCCUGUCAUGAGUGGUGAACCCUUGAAUCCUCAAGAUGGAAUUGAAGACCACGACGAUGAUGAUUAUGGCUUCAACCAGAGCAAGUCCGAUGAUGCCGAUUCCGAUUAG